GUGUAUACAUACAUUUUAAGACGUGUUUUAAAAUGUUCACAGACUCGAGAGAUCGUGAGAUCUCGAGGAAGAGAGUUUCAUCGUCUGGGGGCUAUACAGGAAAAACAGGUGGUCCAUCAACCGAAGCCUUUCUAUAACCUGGGAGUGCAGGGAAUAUAUUCAUAUCCAUAUCUUAGAGGCCUUGAUGCGGCAUAUGGUUGAAGCAAAAAUGUAUCUAAGGUAGCCCGGGAAAAUGUGGUUCAGAGCUUUGUAGGUUCGCAAUACAAUUUUAAACUGACUCCGAUGUGAAACUGGAAGCCCGUGCAAGGAAGCCAACACAAGGGUCAUAUGCUCCGAAUGUGUUCUGGUGCACACCCUGGCCGCCACGUCCGGCACAUGCUGCGUAUUGUCAAGUAUCUUCGUAGCCACACCAGGGAGCAAUACAUCGCAAGUCAAGGAGAGAUUAAAUGAAGGCAAUGAGCAGUUUUUCUGCAUCUGAAGCAAAGAGAAGGGUUGAACUUUUCAAAGAUGUAAAAACUAAAUCUUAGUGACAUUUUAACAUUAGCCUCCAAGGCCAUAGCGGGAUCAUAGAUGACCCCUAGAUUAUUGACAUCCCGUGAAUACCUGGCCAUCAAUCGUAAUGUUGAAGGGUGCAGAUUUUUAAGUUGGUGGGGGAAUCCAAUUGGCAUUUCCCCCGUUUCAACACUUCAAUUGGAGGAGCAUAUGUUGAAUCCAACUGUUGGUGGAAGCGAGCGCCACAGUGAGCAUGGGGGGCACAUGAAGGGAGAUCGGACUCAUUGUGUACGAAAAUGUGGGCGUCAUUUGCAUAGCAAUGAAACUUUAGGUCGAGAGGAACCCCAAAUGCAGAUUUCAAAUCUCCAAUGGAUACGAGCUAUUCCCGAUAAGUCAGAUACGAUGUGAACCAGCAGGAAACAGUUUCUGAGACACCCAUUGCACUUUCCAAGCGAUCAAUAAAAUAUUAAAAGAAUACUGGGUGAGCCAGUCAGCAGUGAUCAAAAUGUCGUUCACAACUCUCAAAUGAAGUGGGUCUGAGCGACAUUGGACGCACAGCACGCGGGGCAAUGAAACCAGGUGCGGAGAAAUAUGUCAGUGUGGUGGCAGUGUAUCGGGGCAUGCAUCAUGUUUCAGUGAUGAGGUCAAGGAAGUAGCUGUUAAUGCUGUUUGGAUGAGGGCUGCUUUGUGUACGAUGGAUUGAGCUUUUUGUGGUGGGAAGAAAUAGCUUUCGAGAAGCGGUGGGGGGAAGCAGUGAGAAGUUGAGGGGGUUACUGGCUACCGCCUGCCACCUCUGCAGGAACGUUGAUGGUUUUUGGACGACAGGUCACGAGUACCCGAGUUUUGCCUUGAGGGGACGAGAGAUCAGGGCAGACAGGAGCGUUCCUCAAGUAAGAUGAUCGGGAGAUCGGAAUGAAGAUGGAUGAGUGGUGGAAGGCUGGGAUUGGUAACAUUAAAAUAGGUGACAAGGAACUGCUGCAGGUGGCAUCAUGCUUGGAUGAGCAUGAAACAACAAAUGCAUCUAAAAUGUUUGUAUAAUGUAUAUCUUUUCUCUCCCUACCACAGGGUUUUGAAAUUUCCACCAAUGCCUCACGCCUGUAAGCUCGCUUGACACAAUAACAAAUUUGGUAUAAUUUUGGAUUUAUAUGACAUUCAGUUUUACUCACAGCGGGUUAUCUGAAUCAUCCUGCGAUCUCUUUAAGAUUAUCUCUUCUAAAUAUGAUUCAUAGAAUCACUGGUAUUUCUGGAUGAGAAUAUGCCAGAAACGAACUCUACUUUGGGCAAAUGCGCCGCGCCCUUUCUCCAGUUAAACUGCACAGGCCCAGGCCUCGAGCCGACGAACCAGGCCUUCGUUCUGUCCAUUAUCAUCCUCCUCAUCGUGGUCACCAUCAUUGGAAACCUCCUCGUCGCUUGCGCAGUGCUCCGCUUCAGGCAGCUGCAGACGCGCACCAACGCGGUGACGACAUCGCUGGCAGUGGCCGACCUGAUGGUGGGCGCCGUGAUCAUUCCCUGCAGCAUGACACAGGAGGUCUAUAGGUGCUGGUUCUUCGGACAGACCUUCUGCAGGAUCCACUACUUCAUGGACUACUGGUUCACCAAUGCCUCCAUCCUCCACCUGGGCUGCAUCGCCUUCGACCGCUACGUGGCCAUCUGCGACCCUCUGCGCUACCAACAGCGGGUGACCAACCGCACGGUGGUGCUCAUGCUCCUGAUGUGCUGGCUGUGCUCGGCGCUCUUCUCGGCGCCCAUCCUCAUCAGCUUGAGUGACGUUUUGUCACGCGGCGUCAUGGAGAGAACGUCUUGCCCGGACGAGUGCGUGUUCAUCGUCAACUUCGGCCUGAUGUUCAUAAUAGGCAUUUGCCCCUAUUUCUUGUCCCUCAUCACCCUGUCCCUGGCGUACGCCAAGAUCUUCAGUGUGGCUCGCGUGCAGGCCAGUCAGAUUCACGCUGCCGGUAAGCACGGCGCUGACUCCUCUUCCUCCGCCUCCAUUGUGGGGGACGCCAACAGUAAACGCACGUGGCUGGCCAUGAAGCGCGAGCACAACGCGACCAAGACCCUGGGCAUGAUCAUCGGCUUCUUCCUGCUGUCCUGGCUGCCCUUCUACAUCAUCAGCGUGGUGGACGUCAUCAUACACUACCAAAUAGACGCUGUGAUGUGGGGGACGGUCACGUGGAUUGGCUACUUCAGCUCGGCAGUCAACCCCAUUCUAUAUGCUUCGUUCAACCGCCCAUUCCGCAACGCAUUUCGUGACAUUGUCAGCUGCAGGGCGUUCACUUCCCGGAGGGGCACGUAACAUUUUUGGAACGUAGCAGCAGUCGAUAUAUACAGGAUCAUGGCGUCGUGAUGCAUUGGUUAGUAUAUUGAUGGACUUGUAAUGCCGAGGUGACUGGUUCAUUUCAAUGUCCCGGCAUGGCAAAUUAAACCUUGGGUGCUUUUCUUAAAUCCCCACGCCUCUGUCUACCAACGACACCUGUCUUCUCAUCAAUUGGAUGAAUGCAUCUUAAUAUAGGAAGGACGGCAGAGCUGGGGCAAUUUUCGCCGGCUCACCACCUUGGCUCCUGCCUUCCCGCUCGUCUGUUGUUGCUCCGCGCGCUCUUCGUGACCGAACUGUGCGGCACCACAUUACAAGUUGACAUGUAUAGUUAUACGUAUGAAUAGGUACGACAUGUUGUGGGGUAAAAAGUGGGUAGCUAUCGCCUCUUUCAACAGUCAUUAGAGAGGCACUCAAGCUCCCUUUGAUGCACGCCCUUCUGCAAGCAGUGGCGUGAGCCAGCAACCGCAAUGCUGCCCAUUAAAACGUUUUUCCUUAUAUGAAUGCAGGCAGACCCCGCCGAACGCGGGGGUUACGUUCCCGAACUGUGACGUGUUGGGUUAAUCUGUGUUUGGCAAACAACAGACCUUUGGGAAAAAUAGGUUUGCAUUCCUAGGAUCGAAAUGAUCACCCCCUCCCUAUUUAACUGAUACCGCGUGAUUUCCACUCUUGUUAUUGUACUAAAGAAUGCUGAAGUCGCUCUCCAUUGCUAGUGUGUGUACACUUCAUUUUUUUAUUUUUCCUCAACACAAAACCUGUCUCCAUUACAGCGCUCUUCCAACAGUGGCACUCAUGCCCAAUGCUCACCUUGACUUCCCAGCCUGACGUUCGCCCCUAAUACUGUCCCUUAAACGUGAGUGAUUCGCCAUCUAGGUGUCUACAUGACUAGCUUCAUAUUCUUCAUAUGACUAACUUCCUCAACGACUGGACAGCUUUAUUUAUUCGGCAAUGCUUGUGAACAUUUGCGUUGCGCAGUUGUCCGUGAGCAUGUUGAUCAUUCGCCACCUAGGUGUCCAUCUGGCUAAUGUACUCAGCGAGUGGACGGCGAGAUGCAUGCAGAAACAUUUUAACAUUUGCGUUGUGCCAUUGUGCAUGUUGAGUGUAUGACAUCACACGAAAAAACAAAUGCACACAAAUACACACAUUCUUAAUCCAUCGAUCUCAUGGUCAACUGAUUCACAUCUUCCAUCGGUUGCAGCACUCUCACAACACUUUUCGUUGUGGCAAUUGUAAUCUUAGUAGCGUCAAACCGCGCAUAGCUGAAACAUCACUCCCGUGUUCCGGUAAACAGACCUCAUUGGGUAAACUGUGUAUAGCCGAAACACGCGUUCGAUAAAGCUGCAUUGGGAAAAGUGUUCCUGUACUAGCAGCCUGCACGUGAUUUGGACCUGACAGUCUGUCCCUCCUUCCUUCCUGGGAUGACCAUUUCAGGGGAGAGGAUAGUAAGAGAAAAGCAGUAUGUAUGUAGGUAGCCAAUCGUGCUAAACGCAGUCAGUUAGCCCUCAAACCUAUAGUUGUCAUUAGAGGCCGACCGACAUUCGGUUUCGGUUUCAGCGACGAAAGUUGGCAAAUUGCCACUU